AUGAAGUUCCUAGUGCUCCUGUUCUUAGUGGUGGCCAUGGCCGGCCAACAAGUGUCCGCCGCCGGCUCCGUUGUCUCAGCUAUUGACAAUGAUGCCAAUAGCAUUGCCCAGGCCGCUGCCAGUGCGGGUGAGAGUAUUCUCUCGGACGGUGCCACCUUUGGCAAGGACGUGGCCAGUGUGGGUGAGGGCAUUUUCUCGGACGGUGCCACCUUUGGCAAGAACGUGGCCAAAUCCGCGUCCAAAUUGGGCAAGGGCAUUCUCUCGGACGGUGCUACCUUUGGCAAGGACGUGGCCGGCGCUGCUGUCAAGGCUGCCGAUUCUUCUGCCGCUCAGAGUAUUCUCUCGGACGGUGCCACCUUUGGAAAAAAUGUGGCCAGUGCAGCUGUCCAAGCCGCCGAUAAUAUUGCCAACUUGUAUCUAGUGCGUAAACUAUUUAAUGAAAAAAUGAAUUUUAUUUUCUUAUUGCUGUGCAUUUUGGCUGUGGAAUAUACAAACGCGCGUUAUGCGCGUUGCAUUAAUCCCAACCAGCGUGCCGGCCUGUGUGUGCAGAUAAAUGAGUGCCAGACAUUGUAUUCGGUGCUGCAGCAAGCGAACCUGUCGCCGACAGAGAAGCAGUUCAUCAAGGCCUCCAGUUGUGGUGUGGGCCAAGACAAUCGUCCUUUUGUCUGCUGCACCCGGGACACGGGCUAUACGCGCAGUCGUCGUGUGACUCCCAACUUUGGGGAUUAUGCGGACUUCAGUGACCUCAGCGAGGGCUACGAUUUUGACUGGAAUCGUGCACCCAAUACGCCGAGCACUGUGCUCUUUCCCAGCGCAGAUCGCCGACCCUGGAGCUUUGGCUUUGAUGAGCAGACAGCAGACAGCAGCCGGCUGCAGGGUCAGGGCCAGCCCCAACAGGUAGACGGUGCCAGCCCGCUGCCACAGCCGCCCACCUGCGGCGGCGUGACCAUAGACAAUAAAAUAUAUGGCGGCGAGGAUGCUGACCUAAACGAAUUCCCCUGGAUGGUGCUGCUGGAGUACAGACGCCUGGCCGGCACCGGACUCUCGACUAGUUGUGCAGGCACGCUUAUCAACCAGCGCUAUGUUCUAACAGCUGCCCAUUGCCUGGUCGGGCGCAUUGUGCGCGAAAUUGGACCACUUGCCUCCGCGCGUUUGGGCGAACACGAUACGCGCAGUGCAGUGGACUGUCCCGCCGGCGGCGGGGGACCCUGUGCGCAGGCAGCGCAGCGCUUGGGCAUUGAGGAGAUGCGCGUACACGAGCUCUACAAGGAGAAGACGCCCAAUCAGGCACAUGACAUAGGCCUGGUCCGUCUGGAGCGCAAUGUGCGCUACUCGAACAGUAUUCAGCCCGUCUGUCUGCCCUCGGUGGUGGCGCCAGAAGCAAAACGUGCUGGACAACAGUAUACGGUGGUCGGCUUUGGCCGUACACUGCAGACCGCGCGCAGUCCCGUCAAACAGAAGCUAUCGGUGGGCUUCGUGGAGCCGGCGCAGUGCAAGCGCAAGUUCGCCGAGCGCAAGAUCAGCAUAAUGCCGACUCAGAUGUGUGCGGGCGGCAAAUAUGCGCAGGAUAGCUGCGACGGUGACUCCGGCGGACCGCUGAUGCGUUUCCGCGACAAUGCCUGGGUGCUGGAGGGGAUUGUGUCCUUUGGCUACAAGUGCGGCCUCAAGGACUGGCCUGGUGUUUACACAAGCGUCGCCGCCUACGACAUUUGGAUAAAGCAGAAUGUGAGAGCCUAAGCGCAGCUCUUUAGCCUAGCUUUAAACUGAAGCUCGAAUUGUGAUCUUGCCUACAUACUCGUUUAUAUGAAUAUCAAUAACAUAUUAAUUUAACAACUAGACAUAGGUGUUAGCCAAUAAAUAUAUAAAUAAUAUAUGUAUUUUAGAGACAAUGCACACAAAGUGAAUGAACUGCCUUUUGAAAAACCUUUGGAUUUUCCAAAACAAUCGCCAGCCAUUGACAUUGCCACCGCGCUUUAAUUGGCCACCGCAUAAACAUAAGCCACAAGAAAACUUCCGGUAACAACUGGCCACGACAACAGCAGCCGCUGCCUGUCCCACCUGGUCUGUAGGUCUGUUGUUCUUGGACUUUGGCCAAAGCUUUGCGGUUGCGUCUCGUUUCCAUGCUAAAUAUUGCCUAUGAAUAUGUCGCUUGGUAGUUAAAUCAUGACAGUUGUCACUUUAUUUCAUCACACACAUAUUGCAAUUCUUUCCAUUGUUGUAAUACGAGUAAUCUUAUCCUAUCUGUAGUCUGUAAUUCAAGCAAGACAACUCCUGUUAACUUAGAUUUCACAGCUUGACAGUUUACUCCAGGCGAGGAUGCCGCAUUCCAAUCUCAGGCUAGUUAUUAUUGGAGCGAUUUCUCAAAAGGGAGUCUUAGGAGUAGUCUAGGGCAAU